GCCGGUAGAGUGUGUGUUUGCUUGUAUGCGAGUGGUAUUGAUCGUUAACUGGUUAUUGUAUUGUUAUUUCAUUUAUAUCUUAUAGAAUAAUCAUUUUCCUUGUUAAAUUUAGUUAUCUGUUUUCAAUUUAAUUAUUUUUCCAACGUACGGAAAUUUGACGUUUCAAAACGAGCGCUUUCUAAAAUGGACAGAGUUAAAAGUGAACCUGAAGACUUUGAUCCAUACGUUCUUCGAGUACGUGGAUUACCUUGGUCUGCAUCAAAGGAUGACAUUGUGAAAUUUUUUGAUGGAUGUAAAUUAAAAAAUGGCCCGAAUGGUAUUCAUUUGACAAUGUCUAGAGAAGGUCGACCUAGUGGUGAAGCUUAUGUUGAGUUUGAAACUCCAGAAGAUGCUGAUAAAGGGUUGGAAAAGAAUAAUGAGCAUCUUGGUAGCCGCUAUAUAGAAGUUUUUCGCUCAAAACAAAAUGAGAUGGAAUGGGCUCUUCGUAGAUGUGGAUUAGAUGGCCAAGAAGCUUUUGGGGAUGCAUGCGUUCGAUUAAGAGGCUUGCCAUUUGGAUGCUCAAAAGAAGAAAUAGCCCAGUUUUUUACAGGGUUGGAGAUUGUCCGAAAUGGGAUUACCCUUCCAACUGACUACCAGGGAAGGAGCACUGGGGAGGCUUAUGUACAGUUUGCAUCACAAGAGAUAGCUGAAAAGGCGAUGGGGAAACACAAGGAAAAAAUUGGGCACAGGUACAUUGAAAUCUUCAAAAGCAGUUUACAAGAAAUUCGUAAUGCUAUGGGAAUGGGUCCUGUUCGUAUGGGACGAUCAAUGGGCUCUAACCGUAUGAACCCCUAUGACAGGCCUGAACGUCCUGGUGCAUUUGGAAGAGGAGGUCGUGGUAGAGGUGGUUCUGUUGGAGGAAGUUUUGGAGAUAGGGGUGGUUUUCCUGAACGAAUCCGAGAUACAGGGCAUAAUGUGCACUUAAGAGGCUUACCUUUUAGAGCUGUUGAAAGAGAUAUAUUUGAUUUCUUUGCACCUUUGAAACCUGUAGCUGUGAGAAUCAAAUAUGAGCCUAGUGGACGAUCUUCUGGUGAAGCUGAUGCUAUGUUUGCUACACAUGAAGAAGCUUUAAGAGCAAUGAAGAAAGAUAAAGAAAAAAUUCAACAUCGUUACAUUGAAUUGUUUUUGCAAUCUGAACCUGACCACUUUAGGCCAGAGGGAAUGGGACCAUUUGGUGGUCCACCUGGACCAGGCCAGUUUGGCCCUCGUGGUGGUGGUGGUGGCCGGCCUUUUAUGCCAGACUCAGAUCCUGGAUAUGGUGGUCCUGGUGUUGGACUGGACCGGACCUAUGGAGCAGGGUUGCCUGAACGUGGUUUUGGAUCUGGGCCAGCAAGAGGUUUUGGUGGUGAGCCAGAUAGAGGAUUUGAUGGUGGCUAUGGAGGAGGAUCUCCAGUAUCUUCACGAGGAUUUGGGAUGAGUUCUGUUGGUGGUAGAGAUCGUGAUUUUGGAUUUAAUUCAGAAAAGCCAUAUGCCCCAAGUUCUGCUGAUCGAGGAUUUGGUGGACAAUCUGAUAGAGGUUUUAGUACAGGUGCAUCAUCUUCUGAUAGAGGAUUUGGUGGUAGUCCUGUUGAUAGGGGCUAUGGUAGAAGUACUAGUGAUAGAAGUGGAUAUGGAACCAGCUCAUCUGAUAGAAGCUUUGUAGGAGUUGCUGGUGGACCAACACGAUCAGCUUAUUCUACUAGUGACAGAUUUGGAACUGCAGACCGAAGAAUGGAUGAGAGGCCUUAUGGUAUGACUGAUACAUAUCGAAAUGGUAUGCAAGGAAAUUCCAUGAGUGCAGGAGCCAUGAGAAAUGAUACUGGAUAUAGCAAAGAUCGUACAAAUGAAUCAGAAUUUUAUGGAUCUGGAAAAUUGUUUGGAGAUAAUAGUUAUCAAUCCUCGCCUGGCCAAGGACUAGGUAUGAUGGGUCCUACUACAUACCCUGGAUAUUAGAAAUAUAUAACAGCCAGUGACUCAUAAGACAUGUAACUUCUUUUUUAUCCAGUGAUUGUCAUGUUUCAUUUGAUGUGCAUAUAUUAUAAAACUUAUGUGGAAGUGCUCAUUUUUUUCUUUCAAUGCCAUAUAAACGUCUAUGCACAUGUAACAAUUUUGCUCGUAUUUUAUGUGUAAAUAGGUCCCUCUGCCUCAUGUUAUAAACAUAUAAUUUGAUAAAUAGUUGAUAUUCAUCAUAUUUGUCCUCAUACUCUAAAUAAAAGUACUUUAUAUAUAUA